UGCAAAUUGGAAUCACUUCCAAACACUCGAUCAUUUUUUUGCAUUCGGUUUAUACACACAAGAUAAAAGGGGCCGCCCGGAUGGGAUCGCUGUUGAGUAUGAACAACAAGAUGGCGAGCAAAGAAGAGACAGAGAAGGCUCUUUACAAAGUCAAACAUAUGGUUUCUUCCCACCCCGUAGUCGUGUUCAGUAAAACACAUUGUUCAUUCUGCACUAGAGUGAAGGACCUUCUUUCGGAGCUUGGUGCUGCUAAAGAAGUCAUUGAGCUUGACAAACGAAGUGAUGGGGCUGUCGUUCAGAAUGCGCUACUUGAGUGGACGGAUCAGAGGACUGUGCCAAACGUUUUCAUUGCAGGGAAGCACGUAGGGGGCUGUGAUGCAAUGGUGGAGAAACACAGGAAGGGGGAGCUUUUGACAAUGCUAAAAGAGGCUGGUGCCCUUGGUACACCGCCUGCUGAGCCGACUUGUGGUGACAUCACCGACACUCCCAGCAAGCUGCAGCCUGCUCAGCCGACUUGCGGUGACACCACCGACACUCCCAGCAAGCUGCAGCCUGCUCAGCUGUAGAAUAUCAGAAUGGAACAGGUCAUAACCGUAUGGAUAAAGGUCGUUCUUAAUUAGAGUUUACUACUAUUAAUAAUAAUCUUGGUUGAAAUGAUGAUGUAACCAAAUAAAAUGGUCCCUGAUGUUGAAAGGCCAUUCUUGUUUUUCUUUUAUAACUCUAAUAAUUAAACAAGGUGUUUUUUUAAUGUAAACUAUUAAAUAGAGGUUGAAAGAUAAAAACGCCGAGUAAAAAUCAUUUUUUCGAGUAA